AUGGAUAGCGACGACGAAGAAAAGGCUUAUGCUGAGUAUCGGGAGCGAUCUCGCAACCUAAGUCCUUUCGAUGCUAUCGAACCUCCACCAUGUCUAUGCGGCGGUAUCAGCCCCCUUCGCGUAACUAAUGAAGUUCGGCGUAAUCUCACUCCUCUCUGCGAGCUUGCGUUAGACAAGUACAACACCGAACAGGGUACCAAUUUUGUGUUUGUUGAUAUUGUCAAGUCAACCCAUCAAGGUGUUGCUGGUACUAAUUAUUACAUCACCUUUCAAGCAAAUUCUCCAAACUGCCCUCUUGUGACUUUCCAGGCCUGUGUUUGGGUUAAGUUGCCCUGUUAUGGAGGACAGGCUGUUGUCCAGUCUUGUGCUAUCAAGCCUACCUAA